AGGAGCAUGAAGGCCGAGUACUUUGACGUUGCGAGCCCAGAUGCGUACGGGCUCGAGAUGGCGCCGCCGCCGACGGCGACGAUCCCAACUGAGACGAUCCAUGUCGCGCUCAAGGCCCGGAAGCAGCUCCGCCGGCAUUUCAUGACGCUGCCGGGACCGCUCCUCCUCUUCUUUGCGUUCAUCGCGAUGGUGCUGACGCACACGCCGAUCCACCAAGUGUACAUGGCCGACCACGGCGUGGCGACGGAGCUCAACCCGAAAGCAGCGGACGUCGUGCCGUCCAAGACCGUUGUGAGCUUUAUGAAAAUCCGGGCCCUCGACGACAUUCCCAAGUGGAUCAACAACUCGGUGCUGCCGUCCGUCUUUCAGAAUGUGACCAUCAACGGCACGAUUGUGGCGGGUCGCAUUAGCUCGUACAACCAGCUCGUUGGUGCGGUCGACGUUUCGGUCUUCAACAUGCCCAAGACCGCGUGCCAGAGCUCAAGUGACCUCAAAAACCAUUACGGGCCGUGCGUUGACUUUGAGCUGGACUCACCGAUCGAUGGACCGGUCGAAAACCUUCGGGAGCGCAACCUGCGCCGCUUUCCGUGGUACACAAUGUACAUUCCGAUCAGCAACCUAAAGCCGUACGAUCGCUUCAAGCGCUGGCAAGUCGAAGGCACCAAAGGUGGCUACUACCUCUCGCCGACGACAAAGGAGGUCUUGGUCAAGAUCACGACGUACAACGGCCAGCUCGACCUCUUUACGUACCAAGUGUUCAAAGUCGAAGUCGAAGAAGGCGGCGCUUGCAGCCCCACGUACAAAGUGCAGAGCAUUCCAACCAACCCGUACUCGACGUCGCACAUCAACAUCGUCAUGGACGCGAUCGUCGGGCUUCUCGUUCUCCAAGUGCUCGGCCGCCGGCUCUGGAUGCUUGCUCGUCAGUUCCGCGGCAAGGACCCGUGGUCCUGCGACAUUGGCACGACCUUUAUCGAGUGGUGCUCGAUCGUCAUUGUCGUCUUGUACUACGCUGCGUGGAUCCAAGUUUGCAACAAGUUCUUCAACUCGGAUCUCGACGGCCAAAUCCAAGCGCUCGACAACUUUUACACUGACUUGUACAAGCUCCCCGAGACGGCCAACGUGACGACGGCGCCCGGUCAAUACAACCAGCGCGACUACAUGGGCAACAGCACGCAGCCGAACGUGUCGGACAUCAUCGACUCGUUUGGCGGCGCGAUCGACUUUGUGUACAUUGUAUCGAUCAUUGCGUGCCUCCAGCUCGUGGUCCAUGUGCUCGCAGCGUUUCAGUUUCACCCGACCAUGAACGUCUUGACCAACACGAUCGUGUCGAGUGUGAAGCGCCUCGGGUCGUUCCUCUUCAUCUUCCUCUUGGUGGUCAUGGCGCUCGCGACGUCCGGGUGCCUCCUCUUUGGUCCGCAGCUCGAAGAAUUCAGCCGCCUCGACAAGUCGAUGGUGACGUGCAUCAACAUGCUCUUUGGCGGCUACAGCUACGACCUCAUCAAGGACGUCAACGACCUCGCGGUCGUGUGGUUUUGGGUCAGUCAGUCAAUCGUGACGCUCGUGCUGGUCAACAUCAUGCUCGCGGUUGUCAUCACGUCCCACCAAGAGAUUGUUGACAUUAACCUCGGCAAGCGCUCGUUUGUGGACGAGUUCUUCCUUGUCAUGCGGGAUGUGAUUAAGAUUUACAUUUUGCGGCGCCCGGACCUCUUCAAGAAGCUCACCAACCGCAUGGAGAUCGAGUCGCACACUGUGUGGACGACCAAGGACGUCGCGCUCGGGAUCAACAUUACCGAGCCCCGCGCCGAGCGGCUCAUCUCCAAGCUCAAGCACUACGCAGCGUCCGUGGACGUUGAGGAGCCGGUGCGCGGCGUCAACCAGAUCACCGCGGCUUUGGAUCGCGCGGUGGCGCCAAGCGGCCAGAGCGCCGAUGCCAAGAUGCAAGAGAUGGACGCAAAGCUCGCCUUCUUGGUCGAGUGCAUGAAGCAGCAGCAACAACGCCUCAUUUGA